GCCGCUGGGUGUACCGGCCGCGGCCACCAGGCCCCCUGCCCCGCGUCGCUCACCGCUGCUGUGAAGGGGGAGCCUGCUUAGACGUGCAGUCUUUGUUCAGUGGCUUCUUUAAAGUUUGGCUUUUUUAAUGGAGUGGAAUGUACUUUACCGAAAGUAUUUGAAUUUGCAAGUAACAUUUUAAAGCAGAAUGAAAGCGUAUUAACAGCAUGAGAAUGGGCAUUAAGAGCGGAAUAGAAAGGAUUUUAGAUGAGACAAAUCCACUUGCAAUGUAAACAAAUUACAAAGUGGAGAGAAGCAAACCAGGAUUUUAAUGAACGUGGGACUACGCCUGUCAGAGUUGCCGGUUCCUCUGAAUCUUGUGUGCUUUUUAAAUUGGGGCACAUCGUGCAAAGGUCUAAGAACUCUGCUCUCACUUUAUCUAUGACAAAUAUUUUUUUUUUCAAAACUUGUCGAGCUACAUUAUGCCACCUUGGUAAUAGGCCAGUGUUUAUUACAUACAUACUCCAUUGGAUACUCGGAUAGUGUCCAGCUUUUCAGUGAUAAAAACGACUAUCUGUCUAUUCCAGUAUGUACAAAGGGCCAGCAUGACCUUUGUUAAAUUGUUUCUUUAGGACAGAUUUCUCAGAGAUGAAGUUUUUAUUCAUUUAUUUUUUAAGAUUUAUUUUUUCAUGAGAGACACAGAGAGAGAGAGGCAGAGACAGGCAGAGGGAGAAGCAGGCUCCAUGCAGGGAGCCCGAUGUGGGACUCAAUCCCAGAACUCCAUGAUCACGACCUGAGCCAAGGGCAGAUGCUCAACCACUGAGCCACCCAGGUGCCCCUCCAGAGAUGGAAUUUUUUAAUUAUAGUGUAUAAAACUUGUAGACUUUCAGUAAAUUUUAUCUAAAAUGCCCUGCUGACAAUUUGAACCAAUCUAGAUUUCCUUACCAUGUGUUUGAGAACAUCUUGAGUUGUUUGUUCUAGAACAGGAAUUGUUAUUCUCAGGCUGAUGAGCCUUGGAAUUUAGGACUCUGCAUAAUUGGCUGGGGAAACAUCAACGUCUUUAUUUUCAGCAACCUCCAGCCGAACGUUUCUUCAGUGGUGAAUGUUCCACGGUGACACUAGCAGGACAAGAAUUGCUUCUCUCUGAAAGCAACUUGAAUCACAUGGUCCAAGAAAGAAGAGGCUGAGGAAACACGGGAGCUGGAGUCCAGGAAGGCAUUUGUGACCCCACCAGGACUUUGGCCUGAACUGAGCAGGAUUUUCUCCAGAGCUAAUUUCUUCUCCUGGUACCAGACUACGGGUGUGACUCGGAGCAGGACCCAGAGAGCAGGUCCAGCUUCAUGGCCCACCUGCCUCAAGUACCCCCGGCUCCUACUAGGGGAUCCUGUCCUGAGUUGGAGCUUCCUCAGAGCCUCUGGUCCUCACCCCAGAGUCAGCCUAACUCAUGCUGCCCUUGGCCUUGAGGAGACAAGCAUGUCGGCCUCAGCCAAAUCACUGGCACUGGCAGAGCUGGUCCCCGGCCCCGAGGACAAGCCCAAGGGAAGGCCGCUCCUUGCCUGGGGGUCUCUCUUUGGCCACCGCAGUGAGAAGAUUGUUUUCGCCAGGGGCGAGGGAGCCCCUGAGGAGAAUGUGCUCACCAUAACCAUCACGGAGACCACGGUCAUAGAGUCGGACCUGGGCGUGUGGAGCUCGCGGGCUCUGCUGUACCUCACGCUGUGGUUCUUCUUCAGCUUCUGUACCCUUUUUCUCAACAAGUACAUCCUGUCCUUGCUGGAAGGGGAGCCCAGCAUGCUAGGUGCAGUGCAGAUGUUGUCAACUACGUUCAUUGGAUGCAUUAAAAUAUUUGUUCCUUGCUGUUUAUAUCAACACAAAACCCGCCUUUCUUAUCCACCCAAUUUCAUUAUGAUCAUGCUGUUCGUGGGUCUAAUGAGGUUUGCAACAGUGGUUUUGGGUCUGGUCAGCCUGAAAAACGUGGCGGUUUCAUUUGCUGAGACAGUGAAGAGCUCUGCUCCCAUUUUCACUGUGAUUAUGUCCCGGAUGAUCCUGGGGGAGUACACGGGGCUGCUGGUCAACCUCUCCCUCAUCCCUGUCAUGGGAGGCCUGGCACUGUGCACGGCCACAGAGAUAAGCUUCAAUGUCCUGGGGUUUUCGGCUGCAUUGUCCACUAACAUCAUGGACUGUUUGCAAAAUGUUUUUUCAAAAAAACUCCUGAGCGGGGACAAAUACAGGUUCUCGGCGGCAGAGCUGCAGUUCUACACCAGUGCCGCAGCCGUGGCCAUGCUGGUUCCCGCCUGGAUCUUCUUCAUGGACUUGCCAGUGAUCGGCAGAAGUGGGAAGAGCUUCAGUUACAGCCAGGAUGUCGUGUUGUUGCUGCUGAUGGAUGGUGUUCUGUUCCACCUACAGAGUGUCACGGCCUAUGCCCUCAUGGGUAAAAUUUCUCCUGUGACUUUCAGUGUCGCCAGCACCGUGAAGCACGCCUUGUCCAUUUGGCUCAGUAUUAUAGUGUUCGGCAACAGAGUCACCAGCCUGUCAGCUAUCGGCACCAUCCUCGUGACAGCUGGUGUCCUGCUCUACAACAAAGCCAAGCAGCGCCAGCGGGAGGCCAUGCAGAGCCUGGCUGUGGCCACCAGCCGGACACCAGAGGAUGAAGGGGAGCCACUGACCUCCAAGGACCCCAGACCACACCACUGAACUCUGGAAGCCUCGGCAGGUGCCCAGGGCCCCGAGGCGCCGCCCACUGCUGCUGUCCUCCUCGCUGACACGGACAUCCAGCCUCCUGGGCCAGUGGGGUGCAGGAGGCUGAGGGAUGUGCCGCCUUCCCUGCUCCUUUCUUGGGUUUUCAGUGAAAACCAAUGGGAACUAGAACAGGGAUCCCAAACGUCAGCUUCCUGGGGUGGAGACCAGAGCCAGCUGCUGCUGAGCCAUGGCCACGUAAUGUGAAAACCCCCUCCUGCUGACCCUGUGGUGAGCACACUGGCUUCUGCACGCUCUCACUAGCACGCAGAGCUGGCUGCAGCGAGCCCAGGUCCUAGUUCCUCUGUGGGUAACAGCCACAGCUGCCAACAUGCACCAUUCCUGCUGCUUGGUGCUUGCCAUUGGAGGCCAGUGAAGGCAUGCCCUGCCCUUCCACCAUCUGGGGAGACUGCCCUGCUGAGACAGGCCGAGGUGCCCACUGCCUGGGUUGGAGGCCACAGCAGCCAAGUGACCACAGAGUCAGGAAAGAAUGGAAAGGGAACAGAAGGGCACAGUAAUAAGGGUCCCUGCUGCUGACAGCAGGCUAUUGGGCCCUUGCCUUCCUGCCCUCCCACCCAAGGUGUCCUCUCCACCCCAAAACUCCCAACAUCCACUACCACUUAGGGAAAGGCCACUUGUGGAAGGGAAGGUGCCCCGCCCCUUCCAGGGUCUCUGCUGCACUAGGCCCCCUACCUCCUGAGGGUCCCAACCCUUACCUGUGGCAGGCCUUCAGUCAGGGACCCCUAAUAUAGUGAUUGCUGGUUCCAGAGGUGGAGGACAGACAUGUGGCAUUUACUCAGGACAGGGAUAUACCGACAUUCCUUUUUGUUUUUUGGGCCCCUGUGUGUAACCUAGAGGUGCUCCUGCCAUCACCCAGCUAGUCAGGGCCCACACCAUACUUUGUCUUGUGGACAAGGGUGUUAAAGGUUUCCCUCAUGAAUGAAUGAACAGGGAAGCGUUGGGAAGGAUAUUUGGAGUGUUCACAGUUUUUGUCACACUGCACUGAAAAUGACAGUGAAGUUUUUAAAGAAGGAAGCAGGUGGCUUCUGGAAGGCAUCCCCCACGGCAGGUAACCCGCACUGAACCUGCCGCCUGGCUUGGCCUGCUUCCCACCUCCCAGAACAGAGUCCACCACACUGGGUAUCUGAGUCCUCUGUUGAGUUCAGGCUCCUACCCUCUUCACUCUGUUGAUCUCACAUCCUGGUGGGAUUUCUGAUUGAGGCGCAGUCUGCUACCAGCCAGGCUUUGCAACCUCUCCAUGGUGCCAAGCUGAAGCACUGGGGCAUGUCACCUGCAGCCUGACUUCAAGGACGGAGGACAGAGGACAUAGUCUCUGAGUCCUGCCCCCACUGAGUGAACCAGCCAACAUGAGUGCCUCAGGCACUAAUGGCUCCCUCAUCUGAUUUCCUCUCCCUGUUGUUCACGUCCUUGGCUCCCAUCAUCUCUUCUCUGGUUUUCCAGUUGGCUUCUUGACUGGAAAAUGUAAAAAUAGGCCCUCCUAGAGAUCAAUCUCUUGGACACAAAGAGCAAUAAUCACGUCUCAUUAACUUCUGCCUACUUGAAAAAGCUUGCCAUGAUGAUGGGUUAAAAUUAGACCUUUAAAACUACAACCUUUUUUUUUUUUUAAUCAAUGCCCAUAUUUUCCACCAAAAACAAAUAAAAAACUACAACCUUUUUAUGAAGUUGACUUCCUGUGUCUAGAGGACAGGCAGGUGUGUGCUCGCCUGCAUACCAAGCUCACCUCCACCAUGAAGCUGUUUCUAAUGAGACUUUCCCCAGGUUUCUAUCCCCUUUCCUCUCUGCUUCCUUCAAAAACAACAGCGAAGAGGACUCGCUGGAGGUGGCUGGGGUGGCAGGAUGUGCGUGGAUCUGUGAGGACCAGGGGAAAGCACAGCUUCCACAGGGCCCUGCCCCUGCCCUUCGAGAAUGUGGCUUCCAUGGCCAGCUACUGAUGGGAUGUGAGCAGAGAUCACAUCUGCAGUCAUCCUGUUGCAAGAUGAUUUCUGUUGCCUCUCUCAUGGAUGUGGUUAUUUGAGUGUAACGAGAUGGGCAGAGCCUGCUUCUGAGCCUCAUGAGAGACCUGGGUCCAAGUCUCCUAUGGAACCAACCACCUUGCAUGUCACCUGCCCUGUCUCCUCUCACAAGUGGCUGUCUGCUAGUUUUGAUUUUCCAGAUUCUUGGAUCAGAAACAAAAUGAAGAUUUUUUCUAAAGUAUUACCAAACGUAAUUUCCAACAAAACUGCUUUUGAGACAUUGCCUCAGAACACAAGCUAUGGUCAGCACUGCCCUCGCCUGGGGCUUACAUUCCUUCUUCCAUUGACUGGUCUCCGCCCUGAAGCCGUCCACAUACUGCAUGUCCAGGACAGUCCUGCCAGGAGACAAAACCCAUGGCCUGUCUUGGCCAUUUGUUGAAUGAAUGUAUAGACAUAUGUUUUUUAUUAGCUCUAUGUAGUAGUGUUUAUAGUAUGUUCUUAUUGAACCAUUGAAGACAUGCUUGUAUCAACAUUGACACUGGGUGUCAUCACUUACUUGGUCAUUUCCUACCAUGUCCAUGGUUGUUGUCUGUGCCUUUGCAAAAAAACACUUCAAACAGGUCUCAAGUCAGGUUAUCUGCUACCUACAUCGCUAUCUAGAGAUGUACGUAUGUCUGGCUUUCAAUGAAACUUCCACUGAAGAGCAUAAAAAAAUUAAAAAAAAAUCCAAGUCAUUAUUUCCCGUGUAUCAGCAUUAAAAUAAUCUGCCCUGGGAA